AUGGCGUCAGCAUUCGACCCCAACCCAAGCAUCCGGCCACCGACUCUCAUGGAUAAGCUACAAUGCCUGAUCCUUCUGCCUAUCUUACCUGUGACAUGUCUCCGAGUGUUGUUGCGAAGACUUGUCUGGAGUACCAACAAUCUGAGCUUCAAAGCUGAUUUUAUCUGCUCCUUCCUUCGCGCUAUGCUGAGAGGUUUGACUAAAGAACCCGAGCCCAAAUUCCCAUUGUCGCGACGCUUCGCCGACACCAAACCAGAGCUCUACCAGAAAGUAUCUACAGCUGACUUUUCCGGCCGCUGGAUCUGUAAAGGCUGUCCUGGAAAGUCUGCCGAAGCUUCUGAUGUCGAUUUGGUGAUUCUGUAUCUCCAUGGUGGAGCCUAUCAAAUCGGUCAUCCAGCCUCUGCUAUCGCACCGUUCUUACGUAUCGCCGAGAUUGCAGACAAGAGGGGCAUAUCAGUUGCGGUGUUUGCUCUCGACUACUCUCUGACGCCAGAAGCACAGUACCCCACUCAGGUCAAUCAAGCAAGAGCGGCAUACCACUACCUUCUCAAUGACCAAAACAUCGAUCACUUAAAGAUUGCCAUGCUUGGAGAUUCUGCUGGAGCGCAUUUGAUAUUGAACUUGCUCUGCGUACUGGCAAAUGAAGAAUCGCUGCCGAAGCCUGGAGCUGGUGCAUUCUUAGUUGCUCCAUGGAUCGAUUUGCGUUGCUUCAAGGAUGGCUCGUUUGUCCGCAACAAGGAUGCCGACUAUCUGGUUCGUGAUCUGCUCAUCACGGCUGGUGAGCAAGUCAUGCCGCGCGGACUUGACAUUACAGCGUCGCACAUCAUCAACUUCUCUCUACCACGGCCAAACAAGCAGUCUUGGGCAGACAUCCUACCGAGCAAAGUAUGGGUGGGUAUAGGUUCGAAUGAUACGCUCUUGGAUGAUGCUGUUGCUUUCGUCGACUGCGUGAAAGCCGAUGGAGUGCAAGUGGACUUUGAGAUUAACGAUGGGAAAGUCCAUGACUGGCAUAUUGUCGAGGAUAUCUUCGAUACAGACAACUAUUUCGCGACUGUAGGCGAGGUUCCAGAG